UCUUCAACAGGAGGAUUUUCUGAGAAAUUCCAGGUUUCACAACAUGCAAUGCGCGUGGCCGUUGUGUGCUAUGCGCUAGUGCUGCGCAGCGCUGCUUUGCGAGAUGAGAUUAGUAGAUUUGAGCCCUUAGAGCUCGAGGUGCCAGAUGAAAAGAUGCACCAGGAGGCGCCGAUGAAUUUUUUGACGUCCGGGGAGACGUCCACGGUGCGCAAUGCUGACCAGCCUGAAGCUUUCCUGGAAGUAAUAAGCGCCACAAAUUGCAUCGAUGGCACUUUGCACCUGCGGGGCCAAAAUGUGGUCAAUAGUGCGCUUGUCUUCUCGAAGGAGUGUGCGACACUGCGCGGGGACAUGGGCGCGCAGGUGACUUUGAAGGAGCCGUUGAUCUUUGAAGGAGAUCUGAGGAUGGAAGGAGACAUCCGCUUCAUUGCGGCACGUUCUUUUUGGCAACCCUGCGUUUCAGUCAAAGGGAACGCCUCCAUGUUUGGAAACAUCCACUUCGAGGGCUGCCGCAACAAGGACACGAAGUUGAAUGCAGGAGGUGGCGGCCUCAUGGUGGGGAAAACGCUGACGCAGCAUGCGGGUGCCAUCGCCUUUCACAAUUGCAGCAGCGAAGAUCGCGGUGCGGAGCCUCAGACUGAGCUGGUAGAGUUUUGGACGUUUGGACGUUUGGAUGGAGUUUGGACGGAGCUUACCAGGGAAACAGAGGGGAUCGUUCUCGAACUUGCCGGGUCCCAAAAGUCCGAAGGGAAGAUGAAAGGAUGA